AGUGUUGGCAUGCCACACCGCAAGAUCCCCACAAUGACAUAACUCCAUUCAGAGACUGGCGUGACUGGGCUGGGUUUCCCCCCCCCCCCUCAGCUCUUGUAUCACUGAAGAAUCUGGCAGCCAGUUCCGUCCUGACAGAGUUUACAGCAUAUAUUGGUGGAUUCUUGUCCAUAGUGCAUCUGCUUUAAGAAUUAACGAAAGCAGUGUCAAGACAGUAAGGAUUCACAGCAUUUACCAAAAAUGCAUCUAGGCGUGUUUACUCUCCUCUUGGCGACAAUCGGCAGCGCCAGUGGCCACUACUAUGAUGACGACGAUUAUUACUUCCCCCUCUCGAUUUAUGGGCGAUCAUCGCCCAACUGUGCCCCGGAAUGCAAUUGCCCUGAGAGCUACCCAACGGCCAUGUACUGCGAUGAGCUGAAAUUGAAAAGCGUGCCAAUGGUGCCUCCUGGAAUCAAGUACCUUUACCUGAGAAACAACCAGAUCGACCAUAUCGACGACAAGGCCUUUGAAAAUGUGACUGAUCUAGAGUGGCUCAUUCUAGAUCAUAACCUUCUAGAAAACUCCAAAAUAAAAGGAAGAGUUUUCUCUAAACUGAAGCAACUGAAGAAGCUGCAUAUAAAUUACAACAAUCUGACCGAGUCUGUAGGCCCACUCCCCAAAUCCCUGGUGGACCUGCAGCUCACUAAUAACAAAAUCUCGAAGCUCGGCUCCUUUGAUGGACUGGUCAACCUGACUUUUAUCCACCUGCAACACAAUCAGCUGAAAGAGGAUGCCGUUUCAGCGGCUUUUAGAGGUCUUAAGGGGCUCGAAUACCUUGACUUGAGCUUCAAUCAGAUGACCAAACUGCCUUCUGGCCUCCCAGUAUCUCUUCUAACUCUCUACUUAGACAACAAUAAGAUCAGCAACAUCCCAGAUGAGUAUUUCAAGCAUUUCAGUGGCCUGCAGUACCUGCGUUUGUCUCAUAAUGAACUGGCUGAUAGUGGAAUACCUGGAAAUUCUUUUAAUUUAUCAUCUCUGCUGGAGCUGGAUCUCUCCUACAAUAAGCUUAAAAACAUACCGACUGUCAAUGAAAACCUUGAAAACUAUUACCUGGAGGUCAAUGAACUUGAAAAGUUUGAAGUAAAGAGCUUCUGUAAGAUCCUGGGACCAUUAUCCUACUCCAAGAUCAAACAUUUGCGUUUGGAUGGCAAUCGCAUCACCCAAACUAGUCUACCACCUGACAUGUAUGAGUGUCUACGCGUAGCAAAUGAAAUCACCGUUAAUUAAUAUCUACUAAUUCCAACUAUACUGAGGUAUAUCCUAGGUCAGCAUUUUAUGGUUAUGGUUAUUUGUGAGUCCGUUUUUAUAGUAUUCAUUUUUGUUGUUGAUUAUUACUUCCAUGAAUUUUGAAUUCUGAGGGAAAAAUGUUUUGUAAACAUUUUACUACAUGUUUAAAAGAAAAGAUGAAAGGCAGGCCUAUUUCAUCACAAGCACAAAUACACAGACACACACACACACCAAACAAUGCUUUAUUUGUAAAUUUAUUGCUUUCUACAUCUCUACUAUCAAAUGAUGUACAGUUUGUACUGGUUUCAUGGAAGUCAGUCGAGGUUUAUUAAUCCUAAACCUUAACUUAAUGUGCCAAAAAGCAGGGAUUACAUCAUCUGGAUGUUUACAGUCUCAAGGCAAAUUAUCUCAACUGUUCCAAUUGCAAUGUUCAAAUUUGUUUAGCUGAAAAAUAGACGGUAAAUUUUGAGACCAAUCAUUUUACAAAAUACUAGACCAAAUUCAUGAAACCACAUACACUUAAAGUAGUAUUUUUAGUGUUAGGAAUUCUAUACUUACCUAGGGAAACUUUUCUACAGGUAUUUUUCACUCUAAGUCAUAUGUAUGUUUCUUUUUGAUUAUUUGCAUGUUAUGUUUAACAAGCUAAUAGCAAAAUAAAACAUAGCAAAUGGCA